CCUGUUGAGCUUUAAAUUAAAAAAACAAGUAUUAUUAAUCAACGCACUUACUACAGUUACAGUUAGGCCAACGGUAGCUGCUUUGGUUUACUUUGUCUGCGCGCUCUGCAUGCUAAUUUAGACUCUUUUUAUUUUGUUGUAUAUUGUCGUUUUUCUUCUAUUGCGCGUCCGUCACGUGCGUUUUGAUUUGCUAUAAAAAUAAAUCGAAAACGAAGACAUGUCAUCAAACACAUUUUCGCUCUUCAAGUGGCAACUCCAAAAAGCAAUCAGAAAUCCCUCAACAUGUUCAAAUACACCGUCGUCCUUUGCGCCCUGCUCGCCUGCGCCGCCGCCAAGCCAGGACUACUGCACACACCGCUGGCUGCUCCGGCUGCCAUCAUUGCUGCACCCGCUCCUGUGGUAACUGCCACCAGCAGCCAAGUGGUGGCCAGGAACUUCAAUGGCAUCGCUGCUGCGCCCGUGAUUGCAGCUGCUCCAGUUGCCGCUCCAAUUGUCAGAGCUGUGGCACCAGUUGCUGCUCCUCUGGCGGCGCCGACUUUUGCUCAUCCUCUUGCUGCGCCGCUCAUUGCCAAGUACGCGGCUGCUCCUUUGGCAGCGCCAAUUGCUGCUCCUCUGGCUGCCCCAGCCUUCGCCAGAUACGCAGCUCCAUUUGCCUACAAUGCACCGCUGAGCUACGCUGCGGCUCCUGCACCACUUUUCAUUUAAAUAAGAAGACACUGUGAUCCUAUGAAUAAA